CGUGAACCCUUUAAAAAUGUGGCUUCUCAUUCCUCUCUCUUAAUCUGUCCGGAGACGACGACGACAACCAACAAGGGAGAAAGGCAUAUCGACGAUGGGUUCCCAGUCAUUGCUUGUGCUGUCAGCACCAACGACGAUGAUUCCGUCUAAAAUUGCAGCAUCAUCCCUUGCGCCUCCUCGCCCUGGGCCCCUCUGCUUCCCUCGCGCUCUGACCAUCACUGAUUCUGUGGUUUUCAGAGUCAAGUCCAAUUCUGCUCGGAAUAAGCUUGCCUCCUCCAUACGUUGUGCAUUGACUCCUGCGCUGAAGACUACAUUGGAUAAAGUUGUUACAUCACACAAAGUUGUGCUUUUCAUGAAGGGAACCAAGGACUUCCCUCAAUGUGGAUUUUCACAAACUGUGGUGCAAAUAUUGAAGUCAUUAAAUGUACCUUUUGAAUCAGUUAACAUUCUAGAAAAUGAAUUGCUACGUCAAGGACUGAAGGAUUAUUCUAGCUGGCCUACGUUUCCUCAACUCUACAUAGACGGAGAAUUCUUUGGUGGCUGUGAUAUCACUGUUGAGGCAUAUAAGAGUGGCGAAUUGCAGGAACAAGUGGAAAAGGCAAUGUGCUCUUGAAACUCUUCCAGUUGUGGUAGGUUGUUCAUGUCCCUGGCACAAUUAUAGCUCUUAGUUAUGAUGGAAAAGUUUGUUUGAUGGAAACAACCAAAUUACUUCCCAUGCUUUAAAUUAAUUUGGGCUAUUAUGUAACAUGAUGCAUGGGGGAGGUAAGAUCAUCAUUUCCCUUCUAUUUUCCAUGAUAUUGCAUUUUCAUGAUGUUCUACCAAAUGUAUCAUACUAGUUCUUAUUAAUUCUCAAAGCACACGAACGAAGAAAAUAAUGAUCAGUUUGUAUUUGAAAUUACAA